ACACUGACCCGUGGUCCCCACUCAGGUCUUUGUCAACGCCGUCGAUGGCCCGAACCUGCUUAUCAGACAUCUUGCAGCCCUGCCGGGUAUCGAUGCGUCGUCCGAGUCAACAACCGUGAAUAUCAGACUUCGAACUACCAUCCGUCGGAGUCGUCGGCGAAAGAAGGAGCUGCUUUGAUUGCUUUCAAUAUCUGUCGGAAUUUUUCUGCCAACGACGGCUUUUUCCCGGCCGGCUUUGCACAUGGGGGCGUGAUCCAGGGCAACCCUGUCCCUGUAGGCUCGGGGCGCCACAAUCGCAGGAGUGGAACGACUACUCGAGCAGACUAUCGUGGCGGCGACACAGAUAGCUCCGGCAGCAGGAGUGGAGGUAGCAGCCCUGACUGGAAUGACUUGCGUCAUCCUGGUCGGCCUCAAAUCUCGACCAGUCGUCGAGAUAUCUAUCCUUCCGAUGCCAAUCACCAUGGGAGACGGGGCUUGUCACAGUACUGA